AUGCUCCAAUCGCUGCUGGGGCGCUUUGGAGGGAAAUGGGGGGACCUCCCCUCCUCGUUUGGAUUCGUGGUCGGGGAGGAAAUCCCCCUUCCCUUUGCGCUGCCUUGCGGUUUUUUGCUGUUCACAUGCACCCGGAAGAGCGACGGGGCGCCUGCGUCGCUCUUCCUCCUGCAAAAGAAACCGCAAGGAGACGGGUCGGGCGGUGUCUCUCCUCACGUGUUCCCCCCGGACGUGCCUGCGGGGCGCAAUCACCUGCAACGCGCCAAGACGCUCCUUCACCCAGAUGUGCUGAAAACGCUCGAAACCCACGAGAGCGAUGCGGCUCUCUACGUCGUCACUGAAAAGUGCUGGCCGCUGCCCGUGCUGCUGUACGAACACCAGAGGCAACAGACGGAGCCCCGCGGGCGAGGGGUGAGCUCCCAGCACAGUGUCUGCGCGAAAUCCGAGAACGGAGAGGCCGACAGCAAGAACGAGAAAUGCGAAGAAGACGCGAAGACUGCCAAGGCCGAGAGAGAAGCUGCAGCUGCUGCCUGCGUCGCCGAUGUCGUCUGGGGAAUCUACCAAAUCACCAGCGCCGUGGCCUUCCUGCACGAAUCCUGUAACAUGCUCCACGGCCUCGUUAACCCCCUCAGCGUCUUCGUCACAGCCAACGGAAGCUGGCGCCUGGCCGCCAUGGAACUCGCGCGGACCGCCUCGGCGCCGCCCGCGACGCUGAUCGCCGAUGCGCGCCGGAGUGCGGCCGCCCUGCAAGGAUGGCAACCUCCAGACCGCGUGCCUCCCGGUCUGCCCCCGCAGUGGAUCGACUGGUGGGGUUUAGCUUCGUUGGUUGUGUGGACGUAUACGACGUUGUCUUCGAGUUCUACCCCCGCGAGUUUUUCUUCCAGUCGCGCGAGUUUCAGCAACUCGAGCUACGGGAGCAGCGCGUGCGGGAGUCUCUUUGAUCUCUCUGUGUCGUCCGUUUCCUCGCACGCGCCCCUCCUCUCGCCGAGUGCGCGACAGCUCCUCGACCGCCUCCUCCACCCUUCCUCGCCUUCUCCGCGUUUUCUGUCGGAUCUGCUGAAGAAUGACGCGUACUUUAGCAGCAGCACGUGCAGUUGCUUGUUGUUUCUUCGCGAAGUCCACGUGAAGGGAGCGUACGAGAAAGAGGCCUUCUUCGAACAAGAGCUCCCGCGGAUGCUUCAGGCACCCGCCCAGGGGGGUGCCGCCGCGCACGCAGCGCUGCCGCAAGCGGUCCAGGAGCAACAGAUUCUCCCGGAACUCCUCAAACUUCUCGACCCGAGCAUCCGCAGUUUCGGCGCGCCAGAGUCCUCAGUUUCCUCCAAAGACGCGUGCGUGGCCAGCAGCUUGACGCCUGCGGUCGUGGGCUGCGUCGCCAUGGUCGCCGCCGGGAUGCAGGGCCCGGCCAGAGACGACAGCCAGCGCCGGCGCCUCCGAAACGUCCUGGAGAAACUCUUCAAAUCCAGCGACAGGGCGAUUCGGUACACAUUGUUGACGUCGUUCCCCGUCCUGGAUCCCCUGAUGCCGCGGAGUCUGUACACGCGAAUCUUCGACAGUCUCAUGCUCGGGUUGCUCGACUCUGCGCUGCCCAUUCGCGAGGCGACAGUCAAGUCUCUCGUUCUCGUCUGCGCAAAGAUUGGAGACGACAAAAAGACCCUGCUUCAACAAAUCUUUCUCGCCAGUUUGAAGGACGGGUUCUCACCGUGUCGUCAAGCAGCACUUCAGUCUGUCGGGCACUGCCUGGAUCUCUUUCCUCUCCAAGCUCUCGCCCAUCCUCUCCUCGCUGGUGUGGGGGGGUCAACUCUCGACGAAGAAGACUUGGCAGUCUCCGAGGCGUCGGUUGAAACUCUGAAGCAAAUCGUCGUCGCAAUGGAAAAGAAAGUCAAGGAAAAAAACGCCGCCCUCCGUGCUGCACGAGCUGGAAAAGGAGACCAAACCGACACAGCCCCGCCGCACGCAGCACUCAACAGCGCGAGCGCUGGCGGCUAUGCGUUGCCGUCUGCCGCCGAGAGCGGAUGGUUCGGCGCCAUGGCGAGGACCAUGAGAGCCUCUAUAGCGAGUGUUCGGCGCGCAGAUGACUGUUCCAGUAGACUUGACUUCCGAGCCAGUCCUUCUUCUUCCUUUGCUUCUUCCUCGUCGUCUUCCGCGUCGCCAUCUUCUUCCUUUGCUUCUUCCUCGUCGUCUUCCGCGUCGCCAUCUUCUUCCUUUGCUUCUUCCUCGUCGUCUUCCGCGUCGCCAUCUUCUUCCUUCGCUUCUUCCUCGUCUGUCUCUUCUUAUUCUUCUCCAUCUGCUUCCUUCUCUUCCGCCGCGUCACGCCCUCCCGCCCCGCGGCCUCCGCCUCCUGCGGAGCCUUCCAGGUCUGUGCGUGCACCGGUCCGUGCGUUUUCGUCUCACCAUGCGAGCGCGUCCCUCGCCGUGCUUGGGGAGAGAGAACGCGAAAGAGAACGACCGGGAACGGUCAGCAGGAUGGUCCCAAGUCGCGAGGAGGUAGCCUUCAGCAAACGUCAAGCAACCCUCGCAGACGACAAGGCCUUCCACGACGCCGCCGAUACCAUCAAUGCGUGGGUCGAGGACGAUGAAGAGAUUUCCGUGGAUUCGUGGGAUGUCGUUGCUCCCUCGAGCGCGGCCCUCGGAUCGUCUGCGCCGAAGCCACCGUCCGUCGCGUCGUGCUUCUCCUCUCCUGAUGCUCCCGUCCCUCCUGGUGGAAGUUCUUAUUCUCUCCCUGGAGGCCUCUCAGCUGCUGCGGCCGAGUCCUCUCGUCCUUCUGCUUCGUUCCCGUCUUCAGCCUCCAUGACGUUAACUCACAACCAUGUGUCGCCUCCCACAAGCGCACUGGGCUCUCGAUCUCUUCUCCCCUCCUCUCUGUCCCCUCCCGGAUCUUCCCUCUCUUCUUCUCUGAACCGAGGCAACGGGCUGACGCUCGGGAGAGGCAGGCUGAGGGGAGAAGGUGAGGGAAAGAAGGCUGCGGCUCUCGACGGCGACGACUUCUUUGCAGAGGUCGAGAGAGAGCUACAGAAGGAGCGAGACUAG